AUAGCCUCGAAACACUACAAAGAAAACGUGCGCCAAAACGCACGGUAUCGAGUACCCGCGACGAGCCGCACCUUGCGUUCUAUAUUUUGAUGAUCCGUCUGAAUUGAAUACAGGCAUAUUGUUUGCUUUUCAACACGAGGGGUUUCAGGUGUACAAAAUGGCUGGCUCGCUCUACCUACCUAUUUGUAUCGCUGUGGUGGUUUUGGCAGUCUCUGUUGACUACACAUCUUCCUUAGCAUGCUACCAGUGCGGUGAUACAGGGGGAGCGGAUGUGGACUGCAUGGAUGCCUCCGCCCUCCUCAACAUCACCAAGACGGAGAAGAAAGAGGGAGAAGAAGAACCUGAUGAUUCGGAUUACGUUAAAAAAAAUAAAUAUUAUAAAAACUGUGACGCUGUGAACCAGACGAUGUGCAUGAUCGAAAGGCACAUGUCGCAAGGUGUAGUUAAAAGCUACAUCCGUGACUGCAGUGAUGGAGAGACCUUCUCCUUCGCAAAAUCAAAGUACCCUCGACUGGAGAACCUUCCGCCAAACAACGAGACCACAUGCACUUACGACGUCAUACCGAAUUUCCAAGUCUGCGUUACGUUAUGCACUGGCGAUAUCUGUAACGGCCCCCAGCCCGUGCCGGAAAAGGAAAUUGAAUGUCGUAAUGUUACGAAUGUUUACGGGGAAAUUGAGCUGAUAUGUGGAGCGUCAUCGUUGAGGCAUUUCUUAAUGCAUACCUCGCUUAAUACAUUAUUGGGCGGGAUGUUUGGAUGCAGUUAUUUGGUACCCUUCAUUUUCUACAGUCUGGGUGUGUUCGUUAUGAUGUAAAUGGCUGUAGGUUGGUGUUAUUUACCAUGAAUAUGAUAUUUUGAUAUGAGGAUAUUUUGAGAAAAGGAUUCUGUUCCUGUGGAUGUAUUGACAAAGAAAUAUUCAUGUUUACAUAUUAUGAAAGUUUGAACGUGAAAAUAUCGAGUUUUCGCCAUCAACCGUGACGUCACUAUUCUUGACGCUUCAUCUCAGAAGCUACUGAACCAAUGAAUGCGAGAUUAGUUUUUGCUCAACAAUGUCAGUGAGCGAGUAAGUGAGUUGGGUUUUGCACUUUUUAGCAAUCACCCAGCAAUAUUUCUCGCUGAUGACACCAGAAAGGGCUUCACACAAUCGAACCCAGGCGAACACCUUAACCACAAGGCUAUCCCAUCGCACCUCAAUUUUAAAACAAAUCUAAUAGAAAUACAUGUAUUCUUAGGAGUCAUAUCGAAGGGAUAAUUUAAACCUGAGAAUUAAUUCUAACUAUGAUCGUUCAACAAUAUUAGGGGCGGUCGGGUAGCCUAGUGGUUAAAGCGUUCGCUCGUCACGCCGAAGACUCGGGUUCGAUUCCCGACAUGGAUACAAUUUGUGAAGCCCAUUUCUGGUGUCCCCCGCCUUGAUAUUGCUGGACUAUUGCUAAAGGCGGAGUAAAACCAUACUCACUCACUCAACAAUAUUAUUCAAGAGAAAUCCUUACAUUAUGGUUUACUCAUUACCUUUGUUGCAAGUAAGUUAUUUUUUAAAGUAGCGAGAACACGUAUUGUUUGAUAUGUCGUCCAUCUUUUAUGCUUUACUUAAUUUGGAAUGCUGACACUGGUUAAACAUGUGCUUGUGUUUGGGACGGGUACCACCAAUGGGAUAGGAUACGUUCACCUUUUCGCGAACACCUGGUGUCAUCACCAGGUUCAUAAACACAUGCUCCUGAUAUAGUCCAGUCUCAUUAAAAUCAGAUCUUAGUUCUCGCUACCGCAAAACAAAGAUCUGAGGACAUCCCAUUACGGGUCCCGUCAGACCGACCUUUCGCGAACUUUGACCGUCUAAUGGAAUGACUCACAUGAAGUGGACAAUAUCCAAUCAGAAGGCAGCUUAAUCGAGCUUUACGGCACGAGUUUCAAACUGGCGACUACGCGUCUAAACAUUACUCUGACAUA